UUAAAUCUCAUCUCACCCUCCCACCCUCUCUAUAUCUCCUCCUCUCUGUCUGUCUCUCUCUCUCUCUCUCAUCUCCAUCUCUCUCAAGAUAAACAAAUACACUGAAAUUGUCUCAAAAAACAGAGAGAAACCUGGGGAUUUGAGGUAAAAGCUUCCCUCUUUAGGGUCUCAAAGAAUAUCAAAAGAUGGCAACUUUAUUAACUGAUCUCCAGCUUCAAGCUCUCUUCAUUGCAAUUUGCCUAUUGUCUUCCUCCUUCUGUCUCCAGAUCGGAGAGACGUGCUCGAAAGACAGCGACUGCGACGCCGGUCUGAGCUGCCAAACCUGCGCUGCAAAUGGCAACACCCGACCCAGAUGCACCCGGAUUCAACCCACCAGUCCCACAUCAAAGGUGAAAGGUCUGCCAUUCAAUCGGUAUUCAUGGCUAACCACCCACAACUCAUACGCUCAAGCUGGAGUUAGGUCCGCCACGGGUUCCUUAAUUGUUGCUCCCAUGAACCAGAACGACACCGUUGCCAACCAACUCAAAAAUGGUGUCCGAGGGUUGAUGCUGGAUAUGUAUGACUUCAACAACGACGUCUGGUUAUGUCACUCGUAUGGUGGCAAAUGUUACAACUUCACUGCAUUUCAACCUGCUAUUAACGUGCUGAGAGAUAUUAAAACCUUUUUGGAAUCCAACCCCUCAGAGAUUGUCACCAUUUUUAUCGAAGAUUAUGUGGAAUCUCCAUCGGGCCUGACAAAGGUCUUUGAGGCAGCUGACCUCAAAAAAUUUUGGUUCCCAGUUGCUCAGAUGCCAAAGAACGGGAGUGAUUGGCCAACUGUUGAUGAUAUGGUCCAGAAUAAUCAGCGGUUGGUGGUCUUCACCUCUAAGAAAGCUAAGGAGGCUUCAGAGGGAAUUGCUUAUGAGUGGAACUAUGUUGUCGAAAAUCAAUAUGGAAAUGGAGGGAUGGUACCUGGUUCAUGUCCGAGUCGUGCUGAAUCAUCUCCAAUGGACACAACGUCUAAAUCACUAGUUCUUGUGAACUAUUUUCGCGAUCUUCCAAAUGCAUCAGCAUCUUGCAUGGACAAUUCAGCUCCCUUACUGAGCGAGUUGAAAACUUGCUAUGAAGCAGCCGGGAAACGGUGGCCAAACUUCAUUGCUGUUGAUUAUUAUCAGAAAAGUGAUGGUGGUGGUGCUCCAGAAGCAGUGGAUGAAGCCAGUGGCCAUCUGACAUGUGGCUGUGACAGAAUCACUUACUGCAAGGUAAAUGGUGGUAACGUUACAUUUGGUUCAUGCGACGUCCCAAAACUUGCUCCGCCGCCACCUGCUGCCGCCACCACCACAUCCUCUCAACCAGGUUCCGGCAACUUUGCUUCUCGGGGCAAAUCAGUCCGGUUGUUGUGGUUGUGUGGAACAAUUUUGGCUACAACUCUCUCAAUUCAGAUAUAAUUUGUUCUCUACUUUUGCUUGCUACCUCCCUUGUAAUUUUUAAACCACACGAGACAUUUUUUUGGAGAAAAAUUUGAUUCCUCUAUUA